AACAGAGUUGCAACAAAUUCAACAUCCAAAAUCGACCCUUCAAUCCAACAAAUUCGCCCAAAAAACACCCACAAAUUCGCUCAAAAAACUGCAAUUCCCCAGCAAAUUCAACAUCCAAAAUCGCAAUCAAGUUCAACACCCAUAAUCGGCAGCAAAUCCGAGCAAUUUCGAGCAAAAAUGUAGACCAAAAACCCUAAUUAAUUCGAAUCCUUAAACCCCAGAAAAAUUGAUUAUUUUCGACCAAAAAUUCCCCCAUUUCGAGCAAAAAAUGUACUGAAUUCCAUACGAAUUCGAACCCUAGAAACCCCAAAAAAUUCAAUUAAAAAUCCUGCUGAAAAAAUUCGAGCAAUAACUGAAAUUUUCGAGUGGAAAAAUCGCUUAAUUUCGCCCCCAAAAACCCGAGGAAGUUCAAGCAAAUUACUGCAAUGUUGACUUUUUGAAUUUUCGAGUGGAAAAAUCGCUUAAUUUCGCCCCUAAAAAUCGAUUUCGGCUCGACAUUGUUGAAUUUUUUAAAUCAAUUUCACCUAUGCUCUUAUUGGUGGUGUUAUUCUUGGACUAGCAAAUCCUGUCCUUGGCUGUGCGGGUGAUAGAUACUACUUGUCAAAAGUGAGCACAUGUUGUAUAUUCAUAAUCUCAGGCUUAACAUUACGUAGUCAAGAAAUUGGAGCAGCUACCAAAGCAUGGCCUGUUGGGUUAUUUGGCCUGAUUCUUAAUUAUGCGGAAGUGAAAUUCCACAAGUUGCUCGAGGUUCUGGUUGUGGACAAACGAUUAAGGCGGUAGUACGCAUACGAGAUUUUCUUCACUUGUGGUAAGUAAUAAUGGAGGAUGAGGAUAUGCAUAAUCGUUCCAUGUCUUUGCAAGGUGAGGAAGAUGAGCCACACAAUCAAUCACAAUCAGAGCAACAAACAACCGACUCUCAGUAGAAGAAAAAGAAGCCAAGAGGUCCUUCAAAGGGCCUAAAAUCCAUGCCUGGGGUUCCUAGAGUGCUUGAAUGGGAUGAAUUGUGUCGACCCAUUGGAAAGUGGGCAAAAGCAUACAAAAUUCAUGUUGGUGAAAUAAUUCGUGCAAAGGUGUCUAUAUUGUAUAAAGAUUGGAAUCAAGUUCCACAAUGAAUAAAAGACACUUUGUGGGAAGAUGUUAAGAGAGAGUUUCAAAUCGAAGAAGAUGAAGACAAGAAAAAAAAGGUCCUACGCACUUGUGAGAAAACUUGGAGAGAUUUUAAAACAAAAUUGGUCAGUGGUUGGAUCACAUGUACCAGGAAUAUGCCGAAGGAGAAAAGAAUGUCGUAUGUACUCUAUGAUUUCAUAUCUGAGGAUAUGUAGAAAACAUUUGUGGAGGAGCAUACUACAGAUGAUUUUAAGGAAAUCAGUGAGAUGGCAAGACAAAGACAGUCUUUCAACGAAUACCCUCACCAUUUAGGAGCCAAAUCAUAUGGUGAAAUGAAUAUUGUAUGGCGUAGAAAAGGGUAUAUUCCCACGGCAUCUUCAGCAUCCAGUACUUCAUCUUGUUCUUCGGUUGUGUCUAGUUUGCCGGAUAGGACAUAUGCUUGGCUUCUAGCAAGAUCAAUAGAAGAUGAUAAGGGAAAUCCUUAUUUGCCGGAUGAGAAAACAAGAGAGGUGAAAGAAUCCAUUGAUAAUUGGAGAAAGCAACAAGCUGAAGGAAAAUUUGUUCCUAAUAGGCAUGAUGAUAUCUUAUCUCGUGCCCUUGGGAAAAAAGAUCGUACUGGUCGGGCAAUAGCAUUUGGCAGUGGAAUCUGCAUUAAAGCUGUAUGGGGAUCCGGAGAGAGGCGUAGUGGCCGACGGGGUAGGGAAUUCGGAGAUGAUGAGCUGGAAGAAUUAGAGGCAAGAGUAGCCCGGAGGGUACGAGAGGAGACUAUGCAGGAGAUGGAUUCUAAAAUGGAUUCCAUGGUUCAAGAGAAGUUUAUGUUAUUUGCUAAACAGAUUGGUAUUCAAAUUCCAAUUGAAAUGAUAGAAAUGAAUAACAUAGGCCGGACGACUCAACAAAAUCCUAGUAGUUGCCAAUCAGUGGGUGAUGAUCCAUUUGCAAACAUACAGGAAUCGGUUCCUUGUCGUCUAUCAUUGUUGAAAAAUGACUCUGAGAAAGUCAUUGUAGCUGAAGGUACAUAUCAUCCAGAGUUAAUCCUUGAUUAUCAUAGUAACCUCCUUCCGGAUCACGUGAGGGUGAGUGUUGAUGAUUUUUUUGACAAGUUCAAAGAAUUCUCGGUUCCAGUUCCUUCUUCAGUCAUCAAGAAACUUAAGCAUGCUCGCGGUACAUUUACCCAAUGGUCGAAAGACUUGGUUUCACUCAUGCAUGACAAGGAAUUCAUAUCAAAUAAGAAUAAUGGUAACAACAAAGCGACCAAAGAAAACAUGCAAGACAAACUGAAAGUAGUUGAAAGUGGUCACGAAAUAAAAGAGUCCAACACCAAUCCAAAAAAAGUUUUUCUUAUGGAUUAUGCUUUGGAAAACUUGUCUCAGAAGUUUGGGUCUUUGAAUAGUUUGUUAUCUUCAUUACCCGAAGGAGAAACUAUUAAGGUUAAGGCUGAUGCUUGGACCUUUAGUUAUGAAGACAAUAAGGACAUCAUUAUCAAACGUGAAGAUGUCAAUCAACUUCUCACAGGAGCUUGGCUGAAUAUUUCAGUUUUGCAAGUUUUUAUGAUGUAA